AUGAGCCAAACAUCUGCAACUGAGGCUAGUCAGCUUGUUGAGUAUCUGACUGAGAUAGAAUGUGUUGCUGAAGAUAUUCUUACCAGUCGCCGGGAGAUAAUUGACCUUGACAGGCAGAGAAAUAAAACAAGAGAGGCCAUAAGAGCAUUACAGCAAGUAAAGGAAGAUGAGAAAACAUGGAUGUGUGCUGGGAGAAUGUUCCUCAAAAUGGACAAGGAGAAAGCUGUAACCAUAUUGAACAAAGACUAUGAUGAACUGGAUAAAGAAAUUGGCUUAGCUAGGGCAAAUUUAAGGCCUAAAGUAAACAAAUUACGUGACCUGGAGAAGAAGGAUGAGCUGAAAGGAUUUGACCUUUGUCCCCUUACCCCAGAAGAAAGGAAAUCAGUUGAAAAUCUUUUAUGA